CUUCUUGCACCUCUUGAUUAUCUGGUUUAUGAGCCAUUACACUACACUUUCCCGAAAUGAAAUCAGCUUUGGUCAGCUUGGGAUUAGCCCUUCAAUUUUUAGCGUUGGCAUCACCUGUCGACUGCCUGCUUUUCGGUCCUCAGGUCCAGUUGUCCAACAAAGACACCAUCACCGGUAACUAUGAACUUCUCAGCAACCUUGAGUCCUACUUGGGUAUUCCCUUUGCGGCUCCACCGGUUGGAGACUUGAGGUUCAAGCCACCCCAGCCCUACAGCGCAAGUUUGAACGGCUUCAAGGCCACAGCCUUUGGUCCAUCUUGCCCUCAAAUGAACCCAGUGGCGUCCUUCACCGAUACUUUGCCGGAGGCUGCUGCGAACUUGGUGAUGCAAUCUCCUUUGUUCAACGCAGUUCUUCCUCUGUCUGAGGAUUGUUUAACCCUCAAUGUUUACAGAAAGAGGGGUCUCUCAUCUACCGCCAAGUUACCAGUGAUGUUCUGGAUCUUUGGUGGUGGUUUCGAAAUUGGUGGCUCCAGCACAUACUUGCCGCAACAGUUUAUGGCGCAGGGGGCUCUCCAGGGUCAGGACUUUAUCUAUGUCUCUGUCAACUACAGACUUGCUGCCUUUGGGUUCUUGGGAGGAAAGGAGAUCAAGGCCGAAGGCAGUGGUAAUGUUGGGUUAUUGGACCAGAGACUUGCCUUACAGUGGGUGGCUGACAAUAUUGCUUCGUUUGGUGGUGACCCAGACAAGGUUACUAUCUUUGGUGAAUCGGCUGGGUCCAUUUCCGUGGGCCACCAGAUUAUUGGUAACGGUGGUGACAAUACCUACAAGGGAAAGCCAUUGUUCAGGGCCGGUAUCAUGCAGUCCGGGUCUCUUCUUCCAACUGGGGACAUUGAUUCGGCAUACCCACAACGGAUUUUCGAUACCGUCGCCAACGCUGCUGGCUGCGGUGCUGCCUCUGACAAGUUGGCGUGCUUGAGAAGUGUUCCUUUCUCUGUGAUGCAAGCUGCGAGUAACUCUGUUCCUGCCAUGUUUUCCUAUGAAUCCUUGCAAUUAUCCUACAUGCCAAGACCGGACGGUGGUUUUAUUCCCUACCAACAGAUGCAGAUGGUUGCCGAUGGCAAGUACGCGAGAGUGCCAUACAUCAUCGGUGACCAAGACGAUGAGGGGACUCUUUUUGCUCUCACCAACUUGAACGUGACCACCGAAGCUGAAGUAAGAGCGUAUAUUGGUAAUGUGUUCCCCGGAAUUUCAUCUUCCCAGAUGGAUCAAUUAUUGACAUUGUACCCACAGGAUGUCACCCAAGGCUCUCCUUUCGGAUCUGGUAUCUUGAAUGUGUUGACGCCGCAAAAUAAGAGAAUUGCAGCUUUCCUUGGUGAUGUGGUUUUCCAAGCCCCAAGAAGAUUUAUGUUAAACCACACUCCGGACGUUAAUAGAUACACCUUUAACUCCCAGCAGUUAAAGGGCCUCCCAAUUGCCGGUACGUUCCACGCCAAUGACAUCAUCUGGCAAUAUUUCGUCCCUGGUUCUGGGUCUUUGGUUUACCGUAAUUUGUUUAUUGCGUUUGCCAACAACUUGAACCCUAACAGUGGUGGGUUGUUUACCUUGACCAACUGGCCGCAGUACCAAAAUACCAAUGCUCUUGCCAACAACAUGAUGUAUAUCAAUGCUGUGAGCAUUUUCACCGGAAAGGAUAACUUUAGACUGGCGCAAAUGAGCUUCCUCAACAACAACUACCAAGACAUUUUAGCUUAGGCAGAGAUGGGUGUAUUUUUAGACUCUUAGAAUAUAAUAAUAUAUCAUCG